UAAAUCAAUCAAUAAAGCUUAAUAAUAAUAAUUUAAUAGCUCUGGUCGGUACAAGAAAGAUGUUGCCAAUUUAACGGACUGCUGCAUGGGCUGUAUGGAUUUCAAAAUCAAAUCUGUCCGACAUGACGGAACGUUUAGUGCAGAUGGGCCAAGUAACAAUGAUUGCAUAGCCUACGUGUUGUAGUUUGCAUAGUGGGCAUUGUAUGCGUAUUAUUUAUUGGAGUCAUCUGAGCUACAUGGUUGUGUGUAAUAUACAUUUCUAAUGAGGAAUAUUGACAUGUUUAUUUCAUUCGUUCUAUCUGUAUAAAAGUAUGUCCGAAUGCAACACAUGAUGUGACGUAGGCUAUGAACACGUCAUAAUGGUGUAUAUUAUACUUUGAAACAUCAGAUACUUCACAUUUCUUCUGAACAGGUAGGUGAAUAGUAACUUGAAGACUAUUGUAAGCUUUCUCAGAAGACUUUCUCAGGCUCUUCAGACAAUUUUGUGCUUUUUGCCAAUUAUUGUGAGCCGAACAUGCCGAACGACGCAGAAAUGGUAAGAGCCUUAUAUCAACUUAAAUUUAAAUGUUUAAACAGCAAACAUCGUCAAAUAUCUCUCUGAGUGACUGUGUCUCUAAUGUAGGAAGUUGAUGAUGGGACAACUAAGGAUUGGAAAAACUGGGACCAUCUUUCUCUUCAUUCCUUUACUGAUGAAGAUUUUCUGGUAAGUCUGUGCAUAGUGAUAACUGAAAUGGAUGUAACAAUAUGAUACAAGUUUGUAUGAACUUAAACUUUAAUGGUUAAGCAGCAAACAUGGUCGAAUACCUCUGAGUGACUGUGUCUCUAAUAUAGGAACUGGAAAGUGGUGGACACACUCGCCGACAGACGGUAGAUUAUGAUGACCUCUCUCUGUGUUCAGUCAGCGAGACAGAUUUUCUGGUCAGUUUGUGCAUCUAAAGCAUCAAGGUAGAUUACAUUUUGUAGAUAGACUGUGUGAACAAUAUGUUCCCCAUCCAACCCACAGUUUGAUGAGGACCGUGACCACCAGGAGAAUCCACUUCCGGAUAAAAGCCUGGUAUGUGUAUGUGUCUGACAAAAGGUCAAUUAAUUGGCCUGUUUUUCUGUUAGUGCUGAAUCAGCUUUUCCCUCACCAUAUGGAUCUUUACUUUUGAACAAUUUCUCUCUGCCCUGUUCCUGCACAUUGUACUUAACUUUUGGUCUCCCUAGAAUCAUGUUAUGGAGGACGAAGCCCAGGCCCAUCUUCCUUCCACUGUGAGAGCCGUGACCAAGCCUUGUGCCACUAAUGACGUGCACCCCACCAUGGUAGACGAGAAGAGGCACGACAGGGUUAGGGUUAGUGCCACUCUUAGUGCGACAAGAGCCAUGAAAAGGUUCCAAAAGUCCCUGGUGGCCCUGGAACAGGACCUUAUGAAAACCAAGGCGGACAUCCUCAACACCAACGAGUACUUUAAAGAGAUGUCUCGUGUGAAGAUCCAGGGACAAGGCCGGAUGGGUGCGUCUCUGAGAAAACUCGUAGAUAACGUCAGAGGGAAAAGGCUCCAGAGGGUUCAGGCGCAUAAGUAUAUACAGGUCAGACAAGAUUUCGAUGCACUGAUCCAAGUGAUCCAGAACGACUGCAGAGCUGAAUUCAAUAUGACGGGCCUGGAGGACUGGAAGAGAGAGGUUAAGAGGCUGCACAUGGCCUGCAAGGCCUGCACUGAGAGGGUCCAAACACCCGAGGUGUGUAGUUCCCCACCACAGGUCCAACCCUCUCAGGAACAGAAGUCCUCCAUCCAACCCUUUGAUCUAUUUAAGACAGAGCCCACUCUUGUGGUCCCCUUCGCUAUUGAGGAUGCCACGGACUCACCCCCUCUGACUCCUCUGACUCCCGAGGCCCUCCUCCCCAACCAGCAGCUUCCCCGGGCUUUGACUCCCCUCAACCAUGUCACUGUUGGAGCUGUGAGUCCUACAUGGCCUGAGACUUCGCCUGCUGUGGGGUAUUUACCCCCCCCUUGUCUGGCACCAAUCCAAAACUUGAGCACUGAUGCAAAGAAGCUGCUCCAAGAACUGGAAGAGCUCCAGCAGGUGGGUCAUCAUCAUCAUAAGCAAAUAUAUGAUAUUCACUGUUAAAGCAUAAAUCCCAAUUUGCACAAUAUUGACUGUAUUAAUUGCGGACUAAUGAGGCUGGAAAAGAACCAUGAUUUCAUUGGUUCAAUUUUUUCUCUGCCAAUUGAUUUGUCCAUGUAAGCUCGUUUUCUGCUCUCAGGAUGUGACGGAGGAGAAAAAGAUUGGCAAAGGGGAGAAGACGUAUGUCAAACAACUGACUGUGUUGGAAGUCAGUAACAAACAGCCAGAGGGAAACAAUGUGAAGGAGGAGAUAAAAAAGAAAAAGAAAAAUGUGGGAAAGAGGUGAGGACAGAUAGCAGAAAGGCUAAAGGGAGGGGUGGUAUAAUGUGGGUCAAGGCAGUAAGACCCUCAGUGUAAGGAUGAGAGAAUGUGUACUGGUAUGGCAGAUUACAUUUGAUGUUUUUUCUUAUGAUUGACAGGUUUCUCCAGUGGCUGUCGAGAAAACUCAUAUGCGGCUGUUGUUCAGAUUCGUAACAAACAUGCAUGCAUACUCAUACUCUUUCUAUCUCUCUGUUUUCACAACACAGACAUGUCUCUGUGACUCUAACACACACACACAUUUUCUCUCUCUCUCUCUUUCUCUCUCUCUCUCUCUCUCUCUCUCUCUCUCU